CUGCUGCGGGCUCCCGCGCGUCCCGGCCCCGGGGUCCCCCGUGCAGCUGGCGGCCCGCCUUUCAGCGCGAGUUCCUGGGUUCCAGCGGGAGGGGAGCGGGAGGGAGCAGCGUCCAUGACGGGGCGCGCGGACGGCGGCCCCUGCCCGCCCCGCGGUCGCAAUCAGCCCGCAGCCCGGCCCGAGCCCCGGCCGGGGACUAGCCGUGACCUCCCGGUUCCCGGUGCGGCCCCGCCUGAGCCGGGCGGGCACCCCCGCCUUCGUGCGCGCAGCUGGCCGCGCCCGGCGUCCCCGGGAGCCCGCGGGCCCAGCCCCUCGCCUGCCUCCAGGGGUGGCCCGUCCGGUUCCGGGGUGUCUGCCUGAGCCGAACCCCCUGUUCUCUGUGCAUAGAUGGAUCGCAUCUAACUCUGCCCGCGCCGCAGUGCGAGCCCCACACCUGUGCGCUCUCUGCUCCGCGCGGCCCCUGUGUGUAGGGAAAGGGCCGCUCACACGCCCAGCACGUUCUGCGGUGGUUCUGUUUGUGUUUUGUUAAUCCUCGCCUGACGGUAGUGACCAUUGACGUUUAGAGAGAGAAGUCGAGAGAGGGAGAGAGAGAGAGAAACAUCACACACGGAUUGGCUGCCUCCUGCCCCUGCCCAGACCGGGGCCGGGGAUCCAGCCCGCAGCGGAGGGAGGUGCCCUUGACCAGAAUCGAACCCGGGCCCUUCAGCCCCCCGGGCUGUGCCCUAACCGCUGAGCAACCGGCCAGGGCAGCCCGCAGAGAGUUUCAGGUGAUCUGGGAACAUAAAACUAGGUACGUGGCAAAGUGGCACCGCCAGGGGGCGUUGGUGAUGGACUGCUGCUGUGCUGGGAAACAGAGGAUUUGGGGACAUCCCUGUUGUGAUAAACCUCUGGCAAAAAGGAACUAUCAAUAGAGCAAGCAUGCUAAUAUUGAAUAAGGCAGCAGGAGUUUUUUCUAAACCAUCAAAAGGGAAAAUUUAUGAGUAUUUAAGAAGUUCCAACUUUCAUCCUGGGAAAGCAUUUCUGCACAAAGUCGUGUUGGGAAUUGAGACCAGUUGUGACGAUACGGCAGCUGCUGUGGUGGAUGAAACUGGGAAUGUUUUGGGAGAAGCAAUACAUUCCCAGACUGAAGUUCACCUAAAAACCGGUGGGAUCAUUCCGCCAGUAGCUCAGCAGCUUCACAGAGAAAAUAUCCAGCGGAUAGUGCAGGAAGCGCUGUCGGCCAGUCGAGUCCCUCCGAGCGAGCUCUCCGCCGUCGCCACCACCACCAUGCCCGGCCUCGCCCUGAGCCUGGGCGUGGGCCUGUCCUUCAGCCUGCAGCUGGUCGGCCAGCUGAGGAAGCCCUUCAUUCCCAUCCACCACAUGGAAGCUCACGCGCUCACUAUCAGGCUGACGAAUGAAGUGGAAUUUCCCUUUCUCGUUCUCUUGAUUUCUGGAGGCCACUGUCUGUUGGCCUUAGUCAGAGGAGUUGCAGAUUUCCUGCUUCUCGGAAAGUCUCUGGACAUAGCGCCGGGUGACAUGCUUGACAAGGUGGCAAGAAGGCUGUCUUUAACAAAACACCCGGAGUGCGCCGCCAUGAGUGGUGGGAAGGCCAUCGAGCAUCUGGCGAAACAAGGAAAUAGACUGCGUUUUGACCUCACACCUCCCAUGCAUCGGGCUAAAAACUGUGAUUUUUCUUUCACUGGACUUCAACAUGCUGUCAAUAAGAUAAUAACACAAAAGGAAAAAGAGGAAGGCGUGGAGCAGGGGCAGGUCCUGGCCUCCGCUGCGGACAUCGCGGCCGCCGUGCAGCACACCACCGCCUGCCACCUCGCCAAGCGCACGCACCGCGCCCUGCUGUUCUGCCAGCAGCGAGGCCUGCUGCCGUCCAGCAACACCGCCCUGGUUGUGUCUGGAGGAGUUGCCAGCAACUUCUACAUCCGAAAAGCUCUGGAACUUGUAACAAACGCCACCCAGUGCGCUCUGCUGUGUCCUCCCCCCAGACUGUGCACGGACAACGGCGUGAUGGUCGCGUGGAACGGGAUUGAAAGACUGCGUGCCGGCGUGGGCAUUUUACACGACACAGAAGGCGUCCGCUACGAACCGAAAUGUCCUCUGGGGGUGGAUAUAUCCAAAGAAGUUGGAGAAGCCGCCAUAAAAGUCCCACAAUUAAAAAUGAAGAUCUGAGCCCGGCCGGCGUGGCUCAGUGGUCGGGGUCGACCUACGAGCCAGGAGAUCCUGGUUCAAUUCCCGGUCAGGGCACAGGCCCGGAUUGCAGGCUCGAUGCUCGGUAGGGGGCAUGCAGGAGGCAACCAGUGAUUGACGUUUCUCUGUCUCCCUUCCUCUCUGAAAUCAAUAAAAAUAUAUUUUUAUUAAAAAUGAAGAUUUGAUUUGUGCUUUUCAAAAAUCCCUAAAGGUAAUAUUUCAACAUUUCGGUUUGGAUUUUUUGGAUAUCAAAUUGUAGGAGAUAUGUAAUAUUGCUCAUCAAGACUUUCUUCUGUUAUUCCUUCUCUUGCGUUUGAUGUUUAGCACCUGCUCUCUUGAGAGAUUAGCCGUGUUAUUGUCGUAUAAGAGGACAUAUGUUUUUAAAUCAGAAACCACAGGAGAGCACCUGGGGGGGGGGGGGGGCGGCAGGAUGCGCUGAUGCUGCAGGUAGAGAACCAGCCCUGCAGGGAGAAAGGCGGUGGCUCUGCUGAGUUCUGGCCCGUGUGUGCAGGCCUGGGUCAUGUCAGAGCAGGGGGAGCUUUUUCAGGGGAGCAGGCGGGGGUGGAGAGGCGGAGGGGGGCGUCUGCUGAAACAUUAGCCUGACUUUUUCCAAUGAGAGAAGAGUAUUAGAAAGGGAGCCAGGCCAAAAUCGUGUCGAUCACAGAAUUCUAAAUCAAGACAAAAGGUAACUUUGUCGAGCGGAAUGUCUGUUAAGUAUAAACGUGCCCGUCACACAGGUAUGUUCUCUGGAGCAAACAGAAUGUGUCUACGUUUCUGAAAACCCAUCUGAGAUUUUAACAAGUGGCGUGCAAGUAACUUCUCGUUGUGCAUUGUACUUUUAAAAAAAUUCCUCUAUUGUUGAAAGUAUUAUGGUGACUCCCCUUUUUCCCGAUUGACCUCCUCCCCCCCCCCCCCACCCCGCACCGGCGCCUUCCAGGCCUUCACCACCCUAUUGCACUGCCCUUUUCAGUUGACCACAUAUAUUUAUAUCCAUUAUUUGAGAAAUUUUAUUCAGUUGAUGAAAGUGUAUGUGACGAAAAGGGUUUGGUUUUGUUUGGGGAUGAUUUCCUUGAAUCUGGAACUUUGUACUGCAGGUGUCCUAACAGCCUGUCCCCUUCUCCCUGCCUGGAUUAGAGCGACGUUAACUGUAAGGACAUUGCUAUCGAGCGUUCGAUGUCCUUUGAGAGAUUUCACCAGGAGCUUUUCUAUGAUGUCAUCCAUGUGGGACAAGGUGUUAACUGCCUAGUCAGUGGCUUGCUGUAUGGAGAGACUAGGACAGUGAUGGCGAACCUAUGACACUCAUUGUUUUGGUUGAUUUUUCUUUGUUAAAUGGGAUUUAAAUAUAUAAAAUAAAUAUCAAAAAUA